AUGCAAGCUACUCUUAACAUUUGUUUGAAUAUGUCUAUGGCCUUGGCUCGAGAAAAUCCGUAUGGAAUUGAGCUUGUUGAACAUGAUGGUUUCUUCUACCAGCCCAGAAGUCUGAAAGAUGUGAUGAACAUGAAGACACAGUUCAAAGCACGGAAGGACGAUGUGUUUGUGUGCUCUGGAAUGAAAACGGGAACCACUUGGCUGAAAGCUAUUGUUGCCAGCAUUAUGAGCGAAAGCAAGAGCCACGUUUUGAAGGAAAAGGGCGUCCAUGACUUGGUUUACAACAUAGAAAGAAGUUAUAUUUCACGAUCAAUGCCUAAUGCAAAUACCUCCACUAUAAUCGCAGAAAUGCCUUCCCCAAGGUUGCUUAGUACCCAUCUGCCUUACUCUGCUCUUCCACCUCAAAUCACGUCUUUGGGCUGCCGAAUGAUUUAUAUUGCUCGAAAUCCCAAGGACACUUUCGUUUCCCACUGGAAGUACUUGCCUGCACUACAAGCUGUCUUCAAUACUGAAACCACAGCUCCAGUUUCUAAGGAGGUAUUCUUUGAUUCCUUCUGUAAUGGUGCGUCUCUCUUUGGUCCUUUUGUUGAUCAUGUCUUGAGCUUUUGGAAUCCCAGUAGGAGACAAAGUAACAUCUUGUUUUUGACAUACGAAGAUAUGAAAGCAGAUUCUUUGUCCCACGUCAAAAAGAUUUCGGAUUUCUUAGGCCAAUCUUCUUUGACAGAGGAAGACAUUCGUUACAUAGACAGUCAGUGCAGCUUUCAAUCUCUUUCCACUCUAGAUGUUAACAAAAAUGGCAAAACGACUUACAAAAAUGCCAAUGUAAACAAUCGAUCGUUUUAUCGUAAAGGUGAGGUGGGUGAUUGGAAGAAUCAUUUCACGCCAGAAAUGAGUAGUCGUAUCAAUUUGGUAGUGGAAAAUAAGUUUCAAGAAGCCGGCCUGUUCCUCAAGUAUGAACUCUGA